AUGAAACAUACAGGAUCUUCAUUCGCCCUUGACGGUGAACAACCGUGUGUGCGCGGUCGAAACCUCCAAGCUCAACGCCCUCGACCGACGAUUCAACGACCACCGACAAGGAGUUCCUUGACCGACAACAAGCAGUCACAAACUAACUUCUGCGGACGAUUUUUGCGGAGAAGACGAUUUGGGGAUGAUUUGGAUUUUCGCAAUUUAGGGCGGAGGAGGAGCGAUGAUGGAAGAUUGAGGACGGCGAAGGAUUUUGGGAAGGGAGAUCGACGGACGAUUUGGGGAAGGGAGAUGGAGACUGACGGGCGUUUUGAACGAAGCGCAAACGGGCCAGACCCAAAAACUAAGAACAAGUUUAAUAGCUACAUCGCCGUUCUAGGAAAAAGCAAAGUAAGCAUCUUGAUACCGGACUGGAGAAAAGUGACUGAUAGGAAUAAGGAACAAAUUUGGCAAGCUUUAUUGGAGCAGUACGAUGUGCCAGAUAAUGAGAAAUUGAGAGAGAAAGUAUUUUCACGUGCUGGGGAUGCUUGGAGGGGUUUCAAAACUAGACUCAGUGAUUACAUAUUUGAAGAUAAGAUAGAAGAGCUUAUGGUGAUCGUCGCCUCCGCCAAGGUCCCGAAAGCUGCCGUCAUCACCAACGAGACCCUGUCGGCUUCAAUCACUGCCGACGAGGUCCCGGUGCCCCCCAACCAGCAGGCGACCCGCCCUGGGGACACCGACAAGGUCACCUCUCAACAACAACCUCAACGCUUGUCGCCCAACCGGGUCAUCUCUGAUAUCCUUUCCCGCGACAGGCUCCUACAACCAUUGUAUUAG